AUGGCCAAACUAGAUGGAAUUUCCAGGAAGAUUGUUCAAAGUAUCCUCAGUGAAAGCCUGGACAAAUUGGCCAUACUAAGGCACAUAAACGGGUGGUCAACAACGGACCAAACCGUGGUAGAAUACCGGACUGUGGAAGAACAAGCCACUGCAAUAAAAAACGACGAUGUUCUUCCUGCGGACUCCAAAGACAGUGUGGAUUUGCGGGACUUUCAGCGCGACUGUUCAUUCAUUGAAUCAACCAUCCAGAAAACUUAUGAGGAAAUUCUGCAGGGCGGCAGUUACAAUUGCUUGUCCAAGGUGACGGACAUUUUCCGCAAGCUCCAAUCGGAAGAAGCAGAUCUGCUACGAACAACCAAAGCCCGGGAGCAAGAAUAUGUGGAGCUCCAAGAUCUAUUCUAUGAAGAACGCCUGGUUUUUAAGGGGCAAACUGCCGAAAUAAUGGCAAAAAUUGGCAAUCUGAAGGACGAAAUUGAGGACUUUCGUCAAGAAGCCGCCAGCAAAAGCGCAUAUUUGGCCAGUUGGCAAAAUUCCCAGCUAGAAACCGCUGGCUAUGAGCUGAGCAAGAAAACCGAGCUUUUAGUUGAGUCAAUCGAAGAUAAGCGACUGGAGCUUUGCAAAGAAACCCGCGUUCAUCUGGAAACGCGCACUAUUUUCAACGAAAUCGAAAUGGACCUGCAAAAGCAGCUGAAAAACUGGAGAAUCAAGUACGAAAACGACCUGCAAGCCAUCGGCAACAAAAUCGCCCAUCUACAAGAGGCCAAGGACCAGCAACAAGAGAAAACGGCGCAGAUGAUCAUGAAGUACAUCAAACGGCAGGAAGAAAUCGACUGCUACCAAGCGCACAAAGUCGAGCAGCAAAAGCAACGGCUGGAAAAGGACAGAAAGGACCGAGCGGCUACGAAGAUCCAGGCCUGGUGGCGCGGAACCAUGGUGAGGAAGGGCUUUGGCAAGUACAAGAAGAAGGAGAAAAGGGGCAAAAAAAAGAAAAAAUGA